UCAGUGCCGUUCGACCCGAUGGCCGUCGCGUUUGUCGGGUGUCGUCCUCGUCGUCGCCGUCGUCGUCACCGCGGCGGUUCGCUGGCGGAAAUCCGUCCUCGAGUUAUUUCCGGCUGUUGACUGACCGGAAAAACAAGACAGGAUGCAAGAGAACAAUAGUGGUACCGACGGUAGCGGCGGAGACGAUCGCACGUCUUCGUCAUUUGCGGUCAUCAACGACGAUCACGACCGCCGCGGCCGUCGCCGUCACCGCAAUCACCACGAUCACCACGAGCACCAAGACUACCGAGAUCAGCACUCACGUGACCGAGACCCGCGACACUUUGCCCGGACCCUGGAUUCAAAGCUCAAAAAGCUGCAGCGACAGUCCGGCAACGGUGUCAAGCACGCGUCCAGGAAACCCGUUUUCGUGACCACGGUUAAGACGGGAAUUUUCCUGGACCCACCACCCGACCUUGCCGCCCUGCUCGGGCUUGACGACCGUUCGUCCCCAUCCGGCGCCGACUCAGACCGAUACUAUUCGUACUCGAGCAAACCUCGCGUACUCCAUGACAGACAACACCAACGGUGCACUGUCUCCUAUUCGUCCCGGAAAACCGACGACCAACCCGAUAUGUGCAAACAAAUGGGUUACACGAACAUCAUGCACGACAAACGGGUGAUCAGGGGCAGUAAUUUUUCAAAAAAAUCAUUCCGUCCAAAAUGGAACCCAUAUUUUGGGUAUGCUAAACAGUUGUCGUCCGAGUUGGGUAAAGAGUCAUAUGCGUCACGGGAAGCAGAAGCUCGUCGACGGGCCAUGGCCAGGAAAAAAGCCAUAGACUAUCAAACCAGAGCGUUGCGAUUGCAUCUAGGAGCGCCGAAACUUACCAGAGGACGACAGAACGUGGACAUCCAAACUGAUGUACAUUUAGAAGAAUUGUAUGAUUAUCCAGUAUCCCAGACGUUCGGAGCCCAAACUGAGUUCGACCAAGAGCUGUUUUCGAAUCCGGGAACUGGAACGUCCGCUGGUACCGAUGCGUCUACCCAAGUAGACGACAAAGAUUUAUUCGACUUCGACACCGAAGUGACGCCGAUAGCAGAAGCUCUGAUUGCCGACGUGUUCAGACAAGCUAUGCGUGAAGUGCUGUACGAAGACGAGCUGGAAACGAGGGCACGACAACAAAGAGCACUUUGCAUGCGACGCACCGUCGAGGAGAUCGAAAAGCAAAGACUGCAGUACGAAGACGAAAGGCUGAAUAAAGUUAUCGCUGAACACGCUCAAUUGUUUGAUGAAGGCGAAAAAAACGAAAAAGCAAGAAUGUCUAUCUUGACUAAGGGCCGCGUGACUGAUUUAUUGCCCAAAGUACUUGAAAAUCUGAAUCAAGAAGGAAUUUAUACAAAUACGACUGUUAAUAAAUUAGAAAGUCCGGAAUUCGUGUCAUGGCUGACGGAAGAACUACAAGCUGAUAAAACGAAACACGCCGACAGUGACGACAUUUUAAAAAGUAUAAUCCAUGAUCUUGUAAAGCGUCGUUUGGAUUCAUACAAUGAAACUACUGAUGUGAAGAAUAUUGAACAACCCGAAGAACUAUUUAAAGAAAUUGAAUCAAUAACGUUAGAAACUGACAAAAAAAAUGAAUUGCCUAAUCUGACUACCGAUAGCUAAAGAUUAGGUACUUAAAAGCAAUCCGAUAAGAAGAAAAAGAAAGUGUCUAUAACUUUAUAGUCUACUUUACCCGGCCCAAAAUAUUUUUGACAAAUAAUAAGAUAGGUGUCAGUAUUGUACAAAACAUACUAUUUAAUAUAAACAUGUAUAAACAAAAGUUACCCUAAAUGAGACAGUAAAACACUGAAAGAUAAAAUUUACUUAAACAUAUAUACUCAGCGAGUUACACCUAAAAACAUUUGUUUUUUAACAAACAUCAUAAAUCUCAAUUCACCAUGUCAAGCGAGUUUAAUUAGUUUUAAAGUGAUUAAACGAGUAUUUAUAUCAUAAAUACCUAUGAAUAUAAAGGUUAUAUUAUGCAUAUUUUUAUUAGAGACAGUUUAUAAUAAUUUAUAAUGUAAUAAAAUUGAAUAUCUAAUUAGUUUUUUUCUGGUGCUAAUUUAAAAUACAUAAAUAAGUAAAAACAAUUAUGGACAA